UUUUCUGUUGGUUUCCGUGAUCGGUUUUCUUUAUAAUUUGACAAAGAAGGACAAAAUGGCUGGCGAUGGCGUGGAUAUUGAUUUGUACGACAAUUUAGAGGAAGGGUUUGAUCAGGACAAUGAAUUUAAUGCAGAAGAUGACCUUUACAAUGAUGUUAUAACAGCCCCAUCAAGUGGAGAUAACACUGAAGUUCAGCAACAGUCUGAACCAAAUACACCUACGAAGACCACACCCUCAGUAACUGUACCCUCAGGUUAUACGGGGCGGAGAAUAAGCCUCUAUGUUGGCAAUUUGACAUGGUGGACGACUGACCAGGAUCUUAUAGAUGGACUGGCAGCCAUAGGGGUCACAGACUUGGUUGAAAUUAAAUUUUAUGAAAAUAGAGCAAAUGGACAGUCAAAAGGGUUUGCAGUUGUUGUAGUUGGUUCUGACAACUCGUCUCGCUUGAUUUUUGAGAAGUUGCCUAAGAAGGAGAUACAUGGACAGGUGCCUCAAAUCUCCAACUGCAACAGACAGGCCUUGAGUCAGUUCGAGGCUCAGGCUCGCAAGGGCGAACCUCCCGCUCAGAAUGGAAACACUAACAAAAGCAGUCACCAAAGAAAUCACAGUCCCCCCAGGACAACCCCAAAGCAGGGAUUUGUGAACCGUCAACAGAGGCCUUCAGGACCAGUAGUGACAGGCCCCCCUCCGACGGGUCCACCCCCCACUGGGGCUCCAAUGAUGCCAGUAGGUAUGCCACCAGUGUCGGGACCACCCCCACAGGUUCAGUUUCCCCCCGGAUUUCCUCCCAGGACUCUGGGUCCUCCUCCUCCUGCAGUUAUGAUGAGAGGCCCACCACCACCCAUCAGAGGCCCACCACCUGCAGAUCCCAGGGGUCCACCACCUCGUCCAGAGUGGGACAGACCCCCAGGACCAGAUGUCUUAACUCAGCCUCCACCUCCAGGCACACCUUACCCUCCCCUUGGUCCCCCACCAGGACCCCAGCCGGUCCCGCCUCCAGGAGCUCGACCGCCAGGACCUGGAAUUCCCCACCAGCAACCCCCAAUGACGAUUCCCCCGCCUGGACACCCUCCAGCCCCAGCCCCUCACGUCAACCCGGCCUUCUUUCCUCCCCAACAUGGUGGACCACCCCCAACAAUGCCACAUGCAGCUCCAGGACACCAUGACCCUUACAGAGCCCCUCCCCCUGUGUCAUAUCCAAGUGACCAUUACUCAAGACCCCCAACAGAAAGAGUUGAGCCCCAGUCACCUGCUCUUAGUGAACAAGAGUUUGAAGAGAUAUUCCAGAGAAACAAGACGGUAUCCAGUAGUGCUAUUUCACGUGCAGUCCAAGAUGCUAGUGCAGGUGAAUUUGCCAGUGCUAUCGAGACUUUGGUGACAGCCAUAUCUCUGAUAAAGCAGUCAAAGAUUGCCAGUGAUGAUCGCUGCAAGAUCUUAAUCAGCUCCUUACAGGACACCCUGCACGGAAUUGAAGAAAAAUCGUAUGGAUCCAAGAGUAGUAGCAGACGGUCACGUUCCAGAGAGAGAGACAGAGAGCGCAAGGAGAGGAGUCGCAGCCACAGGUCGCGAAGUAGAGACAGAGAGAGGGAAUACCGUGAGAGGAGUAGGGAAAGAGAUCGGCAUUAUGAAGCUGAAUCCGGCUCCUCUUCCUCCAGGUCACACCGAGAUCGGGACCGAGACAGGGACCGUGAAAGGGAGCGUGAAUACAGCAGCAGACGCCAUUGAAAUAUUGAUGUAGAAAUAGAGGCUACUCUUUUCCUCAUCGGUGGUGCUUUUUGUCCCAUAAAUCUGGAAAAUCCCAUAUAAAGUGAAUGAAAAUAGGUCUUUCUGCCCGUAGUUGUAAACGUAAAAACAUCCUGUCAAUGUUUAAAAAUUCUACUGUCCAUUAAAGAUCAUGUGUAUUCUAACUGACGGUACAAAAAUUGUUCAAAGAUGGAAUGGCAGAUAUUUUUCAUGUACUGGGUAUAAUUCAGCAAGGGGUACUCUAGCAAAAACAAACAAACAAACAAAAACAAAAAAAUAAGGAAGGGGAGGACGGCAGCAAAAUUUGUUUUUAUAUUUUUUAUUUUUUUUUAUUAUUAUUUUUGGUUUUUGUUGUUAUUUUAGUUAUUAUUAAGGGAGGUUGAAUGGUUGAUGGGUUAUCGUCUGUUUAAAAACAAAUCAACUGGAUGAUUGUUUAAAUUUUUAUGAUGUACUAUUACAGAUUUUAAAAAGUCUAUUUUGGCUGAACCAUUUGGUAAUGCUGAACUAAGGUGAUGGUUAUUUUAAAGGGCAGAUAACUCGAGAAAUCAUUUCAAAAUUUUUGAGUGUAUGUUUUUUAUCAUAUUGAAAGUAAAGAAUUAUAUUUAGCAUAUGUAUUGCUUUAUAUUUAGAUAUCAUAGAUGAAUGAUAGAAUAAAAAUAAUAUUUGGGAAUUUGAACGAAGAUACCUCAACAGUAUUACUGGUGGUUAAUGGUAGUGUUUUCACAUAUCUCAAAAAGAGUAAGGUUUAAUUUAUAUUGUCUUUGUUUACCAAAGAUUUCAACAGUAUUCACCAUUAUUAUGAUGAAAAGCAUAUGGAUUUUGUAUUUUCCUGAAGCCUGUGAAGAUAUUCGAAUAGUCGCUUAGAAAAAUGAAAUUAAUCAUAACUGAUGUCAGAAAAAGUUUUACUGUCUCUUUAUAAGAUUUUAUUUUAUGUAAGGAGAAUUGAUUUCAACAUUAUACUGGUGUUGGUCUUACAAAAAACUGCCUUCCCUUCCCAUGUUUGUUUUGGUUUUUGCUGGAAUAGCCCUGAUUGGCAGCAUGUAUUUGCAAGCUAAAUUUGUUUUAUUUAGAAAGAGAAAAAACAUAGAUUGAUUAUAAUAUGUACAUAUGAAUUUUAAAAGUUGGAACAUGUAUUGCAGUGGUUGUCAGUUAACUUGUACACAAACCAUCUCUUACACAGGUCAACCGGUACACACAGAGUAAAUACAGACCUUGAAAAUGUACUCGCCCACAAAUAUGUCUAAAUUAACUCGCCCACAGAUAUUUAUGAAUUAACUAACCCACUGAUAUUUUUAAAUUAACUUGCCCACAGAUAUUUAUAAAUUAACUCGCCCACAGAUAUUUAUAAAUAAACCAAUCAUCUCGCACACAAGCAUUACGUUUUUGUGCUGUGGACAAUAUUUUGUGUUCAAGUUGACCCGUCAAAUUGUAUGAACACAUUGCUUGGGUAUAGAAUUACUUUUUAAUACCUCUGGACUGUAAUUUGAUUGUGAUCGGUGUAAGGUAGUGUGUACGUGUCUGCUACUGUAAGUAUCUGUAUUCACAGUAAGACAUGCAUGUAUUCACAGUCAUUAUUUCACUGAAGUUUUUAUCCCUCGACUCCUGGACAUGGAAAAAGAAGAAAACUUGUGUUUUAUUUACCUUUUUUCUUCUUUGUAAAUACAUAUAUACAUUUACGCUUCCUACAGAACACAGAUUCCUCUAUGUGACUUUAAUAAUGCAUCAAUUUCCAUAAUGCCAACAUUUCGUCUCCAUAUGAGUGAAAGAUUCUCGAGCUUGACAUUAAAAAAUAUAAAACCAACCAGCCAAUACUUAAACUAAUGUUUUUGUAGAUAAAAUUAGACUGCUUUGAUUUAAAUUUUUGUGUAUAAAUAAGUAAUUUUUGUGUAGAUGUUGAUUGUAUGUGCAUGAGUUGGUUUGUGUAUGUCUGUACACCAUUGCAGUCAAUCCGUGUCACCAUUACAACUCUUAAGUUAAAGAAAGUAAUACUUGAUUAUCUCAAUGUCAAUUAUCAAUACAGUAUACUUUGUCCCAAGUCUUUAAAUUGUGACAUUUCAGUGUUGUUUUGUAUUUACGGAAUUUCUUGCCAGACUACGAGUUAUUUUGCUAAUUGUUAUUAUAGGUGUUACUUAUGAAGGGUUGUGAGGUUCUCUUUUAAAAGCAUUAGUCUUUCACCAUUGUGUAUUUUCUCACAUUGAGAUAUAUUCUGGACCCUUUACAUCCAGAUAUAUUGCCUAUUUUUAUAAUACUCUUUGCCCACAAUGUGCCAACAUUUUUUUUUUUAUAUGUGAUUUAUUUAUUUUGAUAAAUAUCAUGUACUCUCAACCUUCCUGCAGUUUAAAAAGACACUCAAUCCUUGAUCUGUGAUCAGGUAUUAUGAAGAAGGUUUUAUCCAUGCAUAAUUAUAUUUAGAUCACAUAAAGCUUCCAAUUUUCAAAUCUAAAUUUAUUGCUUUACCUUAUGGUUGUGAUAUUCAGGAAGAAGCCUGUGUGUUUCAACACUGAUGAUAAAAUGUCUAAUAGUAAUGUUUUUGUAUAGGGUAAAUAGUACUAAAUACUUCUGUUUGUAUUCUAUAAAUUUUCUUCCCAGCUUGUGAAAAGAACAAUUCUAUGCGAGAAAUCUAAAUUUUAACUGGUUUUAUGAGAAUUUUUUUUUUGAUUUAUUUAUGAUGUAAGCUAUAUAUUAUUUACUGCUACAAAUAUUUGUCACCACCUGAAUCACAAAUACUGUAUUCUUAAAUUGAUGUAGGCAAGGCUAAUGCUAAGCUUAGCACUUAAUGCUGGAAGCAGUUUCAUCUUUGUCAUAGAGUACUUGUUUUAUAUAACAUAUGAUUUAUAAUAUUCCAAUGUCGCGCAAUUGCUUAUCAUUGAUGGACAUUACUUCAUCAUGGAAAUUACAAUUAUUGAAAAAGUGUAUGUACCCAUUAUAGACAAUCAUAUAUAUGUCACUUUCAUUUAGAUAUCAUUAUUAUCUUGUGUUAAGUAUUGUCAAUUGAAAUUAUGUGCAUUGUGUCUGUAAAAGAACAUUUCUCAAAAAUUGAGGGACAGAUCCGUGAACGGUAAGUGGAACAGUAAGUAUUGGGAUUUUUAAAGCUAUUUGUUGAAUAAAGUAACAAAAUUCACUAAUAAAUGUUGGAAGAUUGUAUCUAUACUAUGUCUUCUUUUUUUCAGGGACCUUCUAAUGUAUUCAAUAUUGUUGGUUGUACUCUUUUUGAUUUAAGUACAUAUUGUAAUGUCCAAAUACAGUUAUGAAUAUGAAAUAUGUAGACACAAUUUGAAUGCUAGGAAAAUCCAUAGAGCAUGCUAUGUUGUCAGAUCACUUGUUGAUAAAUGGUAUAUGUAGGAUAAGGAAUUUUGAUCUUUUUUUUUAAUAAAACAUCAUAUUUUGUGCCCCAAGUAUUUUUGUUUGCACCAAUAAGAAUUAAUUUAAAAAGAAAAAUAAAUUACAUGUAGUGUUAUGUUCCCAAAAGUUACAUGUUUUCAGAAGAUAUACAUGUAGUAAGGAAAUCUAUUUUUGUACAAGCUUGUAAAUUUUUAUUGGUGCAAGUUCAUCCAUUAAUAAAAUCUCUUUUUUUCAGCGAGACUGACUUGAACUGAAAUGCCUUUAUGAAUAUACUUAAUACUGUAAUUUUUCAGUAAUUUGUGCCUUUAUAUCCUAUACUGGCUUCAGCUUAGGUCUUCAUAUUAAUAUUUUGAAUAUGUUUAUUGAAUUUAUUAAUGAAAUUUGUCAUAUGGUCAGUCAAGUACAAUUAUAUAUUGAUUGCACAUUGUUGCAGUGUGCUGCUGAUAAAUAUGUGUUUGUAAGGCAUAACUAGUAGGGAUGCAUGAUGAUUUUGUAAAUCCCAUAGAAAAUUCCCGUUUCUAAAUUUUGUGUAUUUUUUAUUUUUUUUGAUAAACUGCAGCUUGAAUAUCUGCAAUACUUGAUUGACCAUUUCUUUUAAUAUUAUUAAAUCUUGGAAAUAUUUUAGUUUUCUUUAAGUUUGUAUAGCUGAAAGUUUGCAUUUUUUGUUGCAUCGUUUUGCAAUAGCAAGUAUUCCCAUCAUUGAUUAUAAUGGCAUAUCCCUCUUUCAUUUGAUAUUAUGUCGAAUUGGCUACAUUGUCCUAGACUUCUCAGAAAAUAUCAGUUUUGAGAGAGAAAAAAAGAAUGUUUAAGUGUUGACCAAUAGUUGACUAUGUAAUUGGCAGCAGAAUAGGCUUGUUUUUAGUACUAUAAUGAUUUCUUGUAAAAUUCUUAACUGCAGUUCAUGUAAAUGAAUACGAUAAGAAAAGAGGGGGGGACAUUGCAAUUAUUAAUGCUGAGCUCUGGGUAAAAUUGAUUUUAGCAGACCCAUUAUGUAGCACAUUAACUGGUUAGAAUUUAUUUAUAUACCAUGUCUUUAAGGGUUUGUAUUCGUCGAUUUGACCAUUAUGUAAUCCGUUCGUGUGCUUGAAAGAUGUGAAUGGAGUGUGAGGAACGAUCUGUUUAUAUGUUAACUAAGUAAAAUGCUGUUUAUAUGACCGUGUAUUUCCGCAUUGUAUCGGGUUUACACUCCGUUUGGGAGUAUUUGGUCAAAGAAACAGUCUUGAAGUUAGUCAUUGAAGUUUAGUUUUAAAUUAUCCUCUCUCCAGAUUAUAUAAGCUACUUGUGGCUAGAGUGAAUGUGUUCAUUAGGAUAAAAAGUGAUUUAAUACGAACGAAUGUAUUGGAGAGAGAAUGUGUGCAAAAUUUCUUGGAAUACAAAGCUUUGUGGUGGUGUGCAAAUGCGAAUGUAGUUUGAAGUAAGGGCGGGCGUGUUUGAAUCUGUAACAGUCUAGAAAUGAUGACGUGAAAGGUUUUCUUGUUAGGUUGUUCUGUAAAUCAGUGAGUUUCAUUAUAUGCAUUUAAGAUCAUUAUUGACAUUGAUAUUGAUAGUGGUUAUGUAUGAUCAUUGAUUGAAUAGAUUGUGAAAUGUUUACAGUCGUGCUUCGGUUUUGUAUAUAUUGUAUUAAGGAUGAAUAACACGUCACUGCAUAAGGCCACAUAAAAUUAAUUCUCUGGUUCUCAGGCCAAUUUUCUCAAAAACAGAUGAGGGAGGGAGGCUUUUUUUUUUUUCUUUUUAUUCGUACCAAAACAGAUGAGGGAGGCUUUUUUUUAUUUGCCAACUUGACAUAAAACAUAUAACAUCAAGCAAAUUCUUUAUUGUACCGUCACUAUACAUAUGAAACAAAUUUAACACAUGCUAUCUUAACAAAUUGUCUUGUGUGGUCAAAAUAAUAAAGCAUAUGUACUACAGUUAAGUUGCAUAGUGUUUUGGCAUUAUUAUUAUGAUCAUUGGCACUAUCAUUGUCGAAAUGUGCAGAAACAUUGGCGGGCUUGGUUUCACACACCGUAUAUCUCACAAAGUGGCCGAAAACAGGUAUCGUUGACGAUACUUUAUUUGUAAUGAUUGCAGAGUCUAAUUCGUUCUUGUUCUUACCGACACUAACGGAGACAGCGGCAUUUUUUAAUUUCUCAGGAAACGUCCAGCUUCCCAAAUCGAACUUCAUUGCUUUCACACCCUCAUAAAGAUCUAGGAAGGUACAUCCCUCCGAAUAUCCCUCUAUAAUUGUCCAUGGUAGAAUGAACACUGCUCCUUGUCGAAUACUUAUUGACACAAUAGACAUUCUCAAAAUAAUGCUGCAACCACGUUGUUAUACAUCGGAAGUCUUUAUUGCGCACGACAAACGAAGAUUUCCGGUAUUCGGUAUUCUCUGCUAAAUACAGCUAUUCGUAUACUGAGACAGGAGGAGCUCCGAAUAAUGCGGAAGUUUUGAAAAAUUGAAUGCGGAAUUUUUUUUUCCGGAUACGUCGCCGCAUUACCUACUUUUUAUUUUAUUAAAAAUGCAAUAAAAUUUGCAAUGCGGGCACCUCAAAACAGAUGCGCGCGGGCCUGAGAACCGUAAUUUCAAUUUUAUGUGGCCUAAAUAUCAGGAAUAUAUUCCAAACCCAUUUCAAAAUUGUUACCUUACUGGUGUGUUCACUAAACUGCUAAUCGGGAGAUCACAAAUUUCAGGUUCUAUUUGUGUAUUUUCUUUCGAAAACUGCAUGUCAUUCCUCCUUAAAACUGAAGCACGAAGGAAAAACUUUUUUUUCUGUGAUAUAUGUUUGUUCUUGAAUACUGUACGUGUACUGUUGCUAUUGAAAAUCAGAUGUGCACCAUUUGGUUACACUUCUAAUGAAAGAUUUUGAGAGCAAGUACUCAUUUAAUAGCUGUGAUGUCAUUCCCCCUCAAAAAUUUCUGAAUAGCAUUUGGCACGUUCCUCAGAAAGUUUUAAGUAACUUUGGUGCGCAUCUACUUAGAAAAUAGUUAAGGAAGAUCAUGCGUUACCUUUUUUUUCGUCUUCUCUUUGUAGGUUUAUGUCACGAUGUAUCAAGCCACACCUUUUUAUGUAAAUUCUACUAGUAGCAACGCCUUCAUUCUUUUUGCGUCAGUAUGUAUCAUGUAUAUUUUAAUUUGUUUGCUGGAUUUCACUGGAGAUUAAAUCAAGCAUCGGGAUUUCAUCUUCAUCAUUGUGAUCAUCUAAGCAUCGAUGGAAAUUGUUCAGAAGUGGAAAAGUACAGAAUUAGAAGAGGAUUAGUUCCCGUGAUCUAAUUUUGGAAUGAAUAGGAAACAGAAAUUUGCCAUUUGUUUAAACUAGCAUUGGAAUAAAUGUCUUAAAAGUGAA